UAAACUAACUCCCCACCCAUUCUCUUUGCUUUGUUCCCACACAUAAAUCCCCAUCAUGUAAUCUUCUCUCUCGACCAAAAAGAGUAAGCAACAGAGAAAGGAGAAAGGAGAAGAAUUAUCAUUGUUCAUCUGCAUGAAAGAAACACCCACCAAAAUGGAUCGCCAACACUCAGCUGUUUUCGGUCUCCAUACUCCUUCAAAGCCAUUAGAGUCCAAUAUGAAGAAAAGCCAGCGCUCCGAUGAGUUACAUGACACUGAUCAAGAACAACAAAGCCGCCCCCCAACUGACAAAAAGAAUAAUACGCCAAGCUCAUCUUCAAGAACCCGUCGGUGUGAGGGAGACGGAAAAGCAUUAUUAUUGGUAGGCCUGCCGUCACGUAGUGCAGAAGAUGUUGGAAAAGAACCAGCUGUGGCCUCUGACGUUAUGCCGGAGGACACUGGACGUGAGAGGCUGAAGAGACAUAGGGUCGAGGUGGCUGGUCGGGUUUGGAUUCCGGAUUUAUGGGGACAGGAAGAGCUGUUGAAGGACUGGAUAGAUUGUUCUGCAUUCGAUACUUCGCUAGUCCCCGCUGGAAUCAUGUCGGCUCGUGCGGCUUUGGUUGACGAGGGAAGGAGAACAAAUUCUAGUGGAUUGAGAGUAGAAAACAGAUGGCAAACAAUUGUAGCGUGAUGUACAUGAAGAUGACGAUAAGUCCAUGAUAUUCUCCCUCUCCUAGAUACCCAUCUGUACAAGAGAGAGUUUUUCGGACCAAGCACGAGUAACACUAUGUGACUAACAUUUGAGCUUAACAAUAAAGGUAUAACCACUAUUCAAUGCUAUUAAAGAUGCAAGUGAAUCAGUUGAUCAUCUGAGGAAACGACGGGUAAUUGUGUUAGAUUGGUGUUGUGUGUGUAAGCAGCAUGGGGAAUCAGUUGAUCAUCUGCUUUUACACUGUGAGGUGGCCAGGAUCACGUGGGAGGAAUUUUUCUUAAGAGUCGGAUUGUCUUGGGUCAUGCCUUGUAGACUGGUGGAUUUCCUCGCAAGCUGGAGAGGACUACAUGGUGAUUCACAGGUAGCGACAAUUUAGAGAAUAGUCCCAAUAUGUAUGUGUUAGUGUAUUUGGAGGGAGAGAAAUGCUAGAGCUUUGAAGAUUAAGAGAGAACAAUAGAUGAGCUAAAAGUUUUCUUUCUUAAGCCAUUGUUCUUAUGGGCGGGGGCCAUAGUUUGUAACGGACUAAGUGUCCAUGACCUUCUUCUUUCUAUUGUAACCUCUAGUUAGGUGUUCCUCAUGUAUACUUGGGCUUUGCCUAUUUCUAUGAAUAUAAUAUCUUGAUUACCUAUCAAAAAAAAAAAAAGAUGCAAGUGAAAAGACAAAACCUAGCCUAUCCUUCUAUUUUUAUUUUAUUCUUUAUUUUGGGGGGAGGGGAGCAAGUCCAAGCCAUCUGCAGUCAUGGCUACACCAUCAUGCAUAUAGACAAGUUUUUUUUUUUUUUUUUGGAUUGGUGAGCAUAUAGAUGAUUUGCCAUACACUAUUUCUCUUAAAUUGCAGUAAUUCUACCUCAAUGUUUAAAAGGGUGGGCAGAUGGGGUUAAAUCUGAGAAAAAUAACAGAAAUAUAAAUCCACGGAGACAAGCAGAUAAAACUAAUAUUAUUUU